AUGGCGGACUGCGGCUUCAUCCCUCUCCCUCUGUGUAUCCAAUGCGGAACGAAUGACAAUCCAUGUCAUGUCAAGAUCGUGGGUCCGACCUUAGGCUUCAUUAUUGGGAUCUUGAUGGCCAUCGUCUGCUGGCCGGCGGCUAUCCUGUGUUGCUGUUGCGCGACAGAAAUGGGCAAGAAGAUGCUGGGAGCGCCGGCGGACACAUCGGGCGCCAUAUCAAAUGCGAUACCUUUUUGA